GUUUAAUAAAACCGGCGAUGUCAUUAGUCACUAAACCAUUGUAGAAUUUCUACAAGAGGAGCAGCACUAGAUUAGUGGAAUCUUUUUUUUUCUUUUCUAUCGCUUCCUCCACCCAACUCUAAUCUCAUCGCUUCCUUCUUCAGCUCUAAUCGGAGAAAAAUGGAGGCAGUAACGGCGAUAAAGCCACUAAUCAAAGUCGCUGCAAUCUCCGGUUCUCUCCGGAAAGGCUCUUUCAACACCGGUCUCCUCCGCGCCGCGAUGGAGUUGACGAAAGAAUCGGUUCCGGGGAUGCAUAUUGAGCAUAUAGACAUCUCUCCGUUGCCGUUGAUCAACACCGAUCUUGAAUCCAACGGGACUUACCCUCCCGUCGUCGAAGCUUUCCGGCAGAAGAUUCUUGAAGCCGACAGCAUUCUCUUCGCUUCCCCUGAGUACAACUUCUCUGUCUCAGCUCCACUUAAGAACGCGAUCGAUUGGGCUUCAAGGUCACCUAACGUUUGGGCUGACAAACCUGCUGCCAUCAUAAGCACCGGUGGAGGUUUUGGUGGAGGAAGGUCGCAGUACCAUCUUCGACAGAUUGGAGUGUUCCUUGAUCUUCAUUUCAUCAACAAACCGGAGUUUACUCUCAAUGCGUUUCAGCCGCCUCAGAAGUUCGAUGCAGAAGGAAACUUGGUCGAUGAAGUGGCUAGGGAGAGGUUAAAACAAGUCCUUGUCUCGUUACAGGCGUUUACUCUGCGACUUCAAGGUAAAUAAGUGGAGGGCCGUUCUUGAUCAUUUGUGUGAGAGAUUGAUGUUCGUGUGAUGAAAAUAAUGUCAGAUUCUUGUGAUAAGAAACAUUGCCACUUAUCCUAUGUAAAUUUAUAUUUCUGAUUAAUGUCGUAUGUGUUUACAUGAUAAAACUGUGUUUAUUAAACGAGUGAUUCUUGUUGUUUCAUU